UAUACAUAUACAGAUAGCACAGAUAGGACACGUGUGGCAGUGUCUUCAAAUAUAAGUUUUCAGUAUUGUGAUAAGUAAUUAAUUUCUACAAAAAUGGGUACUACGGAUAAAGAAGAAUCAAAAAAUAACUCGAAAACAACCGAAUUUACUGAAAACAAGAAAAGAAACAAGCGACGCAUAAGUGAAAAUCGUAUGGAAGUUGAAGUAAUUAAUGGUAUACAAGGAAACACAAAAUCACAUGCAAGUACAAAAAGGGCUAGAAAUGUACAAGGUGGUGAACAGAGGAAGAUAUCUGUACCUGCACAUAGGUACACUCCUCUCAAAGAAAAUUGGAUGAAGAUAUUUACCCCUGUUGUUGAACAUUUGCAAUUGCAAAUAAGGUUUAAUUUAAAAACUAGGAAUGUAGAAUUACGCACAGCUCCAGAGACUCCUGAUAUCGCUAAUUUGCAAAAGGGGGCUGAUUUUGUAAAAGCUUUUAUUUAUGGUUUUGAAGUGGAAGAUGCUCUGGCUUUAUUACGUUUGGAUGAUUUAUUUGUAGAAACAUUUGAAGUUCAAGAUGUAAAACCUUUAAAAGGGGAUCAUCUUUCCAGAGCUAUUGGUAGAUUAGCAGGGAAGGGUGGUAGAACAAAGUUUACAAUAGAAAAUGUAACAAAGACAAGAAUUGUGUUAGCAGAUAGUAAAGUUCACAUACUUGGUUCAUAUCAGAAUAUACAAUUAGCAAGAAGAGCUAUAUGUAAUUUAAUUUUGGGUAGUCCACCAUCAAAGGUUUAUGGACAAUUAAGAAAUGUAGCUAGUAAAGUAUCAGAACGAUUAUAAAUUAUAAAAUAAAUAAUGCUAACUACAAUAUCUACAAAAUAA